UGAGACUCUCCCACUGGUUGACGAUGUCGGCUCGCGUGCACAUCCCUACCCUCCUUACGUGUCGUUGGCUGAGUUCUUUGGUAACAAGCUCUGUUAUGUCUCGCGAAAAGCUCCCUUCUGGCAGUGUGCUGGUCCAUGCGAUGAACGCGACAAGCAGCUGCAGUACUGUGCCGCUUCCGGAAUCCGUAGCUACAACUGGUGCUGGUGUGGCUGUAGCCGAUACUGCACCCAGAGCCAAUGCGAAAAAGAAGAGGACCAAGAAGGUUGCAAUGGAGAUGCCUGAGGGAGUGUCAUGGCCGUGGAUGGAGACGUUAGGUAUGACAGAGUACGAGAGCAAGGAGCAGAGGUUGCAUGACGAGAUUGUAGCGUACGUUGCAUACAUUUCUCCAACUGUGCAAGAGAUAUACGCGCGCUCGCAAGUCAUGGCACGUAUUGGCGACGUCGUGAGAAGGCGAUUUCCGCGUGCUACGAUGGAGACCUUUGGGAGUACCGCACUGAACCUCUAUCUCCCCGACGGCGACAUCGACUUAGCCAUGAACCUCCCUGAUGAGAUGGACCACGCCGUCAAAGUCAAGACACUCUUCGUGCUCGCCGGCGCGCUGAAAUAUUCGCAGAUCACGCAUCACACGAAUGUGACACGCAACGCGCGUGUCCCCGUCGUGUCUUUCGAGACAACACCUGAGCGCGGCUCGUACAAGUGUGACAUCAGUAUCAAUUCCACUGGUAGUGUCAAGAGCGUUUCGGUCAUCGCGCGAUACCUGGAUACCAUGCCUGCGUUUCGGUAUAUUGUCCUGGUCAUCAAGGGUUACCUCUCCCGGAUACACCUCGGCUCGGCAGCGUUGUCGGGACUGAGUAGCUAUGGCAUCAUACUCUUAGUUACCAGCUUCCUUCAGCGUAACCCGAAGAACCUGCCCGUAGACGACAUCACGAAGCCUCUGGAGCGCGAAUCGUUGGGCCGUCUCUUAAUGGGUUUCUUGGAACAUUACGGCUUUGACUUCGAUUAUGCCACUUCCGUCGUGUCCGUGUCAACGGGCGGUCUCCUCACCAAGGCCAGCAAGGGGUGGGCGGCUGAAAAUCAGCCCAAUGAGAUGCUCGCGAUCGAGGAUCCCCUCAACUCAGACAACGAUGUCGGGAAAUCGGCUUCGAUGAUAAAGCGGGUACGAACAGCCUUCUGCGAGGCGCAUAAGGGGCUUCAAAGCUAUCCUCUGUCGAUGGCCCAAACAAACGCUCUUGGAACCAUCCUUGGCAUGUCGCCGGAGGCCAUCGCCCGUAGAGAGAUGAUCCACAAAAUUGUCGACAGUGGCUCUCUAGACCGUGCCCUGCAGGAGGUCAUAAUUCCCCCGGAAGGCAACGUCCCGCGGCGGUCGCGGAACCCCCAGCCAACCAAUGGCUAUGCGCCAUAUCCAACACGGCAGUAUGACUACAAUCCGUACUACGGCGGCUAUGGGUAUGGGCAAGGAUACUACGGCGCACCGCCUGCGCAGCAGAGCUCGUACGGAUAUGACGAGUAUGACUACGGGUAUGGAGGACAUGGACGCGCCUACGGCGGGCACUCAGUGACCCGCGGACAUGGAAGGUCGAAUGGGCGUGCGGGGAGGGGGAAACCUCAGUAAGCCUUCUGCUACUGCUGACAUUUGAUGACACGUUUGUGCCACGGACGGACUCUGUACUGUAAUCUCAAAUCCAUAUCGUGCGGUCCUUGUACGCUGACCGUCGGACCAUACACUGCUAGAUAAGCGUAUGACUGGUAGCCUGCCCUUCGGUGACGGUGAUAUGUCAAUCUGAGGCAGGACUGUGGUUUAUUUGGCGGGACUUCUACCGUGCCCCGCACCUUCGAGUAGCGUGGCUUUAUGCCGAGGACCUAGGAAAUCGGAGUUCUCUUUCUCAUGAACCGCAGAGCCAGCAGUGCUCGCAGUCAUUGAAGGCAUGAA